ACAGUAUUGUGCAAUGAUCUGCUGUCCGACGCCCACGAGUGUCCAGACCAGACUUCGAUCCUGAAGCUAAAACAUCAUGGAGUUCAAGCUGAACAGAAUGAAGCUCUGCCACAUGAUCCUGACGCUGCUCGCCGUCCCAGAGUGCUUUGGGGUUCAGUCAGUGUUCCUCAGUAAGUCUGAGGCCAGCCGGCCGUUAUCUCAUCGUGUCAGGCGAGCGAACUCCUUCCUGGAGGAGCUGAAGCUGGGAGAUCUGGAGCGAGAGUGUCUGGAGGAGAUCUGCUCGUAUGAGGAGGCCAGGGAGAUCUUCACCGUCCCCGCACAACUGGAGGAUUUCUGGAAGAGAUAUACAGAGGUGGAUUUCUGUCAGUCGGGACCGUGUCAGAACGGAGCCACAUGUGUGGAUCACAUGGACACCUACAUCUGCAUCUGUCCAAUGAACUUCGAGGGGCGACACUGUGACAAAGAAAUAUUCCCACCCAGUUCCUACGGAUGUCUGUACCGGAACGGCGGCUGCGAACACUUCUGUGUGGAGAUCACCAAUUCGACUCAUCGCUGUGAUUGUGCUCCCGGAUACACACUGCACACAGACAACAGCAGCUGCGUGCCGCAGGGUGGUUUCCCAUGUGGCAGGCUGGUGGAGAUGGGUGUGGGUCCGAGGAUAGUGAAGGGCGUCGUGUGUCCUAAAGGACAGUGUCCGUGGCAGGCUUUACUCGAGUAUGCUGGAGUGUAUAAAUGCGGUGGAGUUAUUCUAGAUUCCCAAUGGAUUGUCACCGCGGCUCAUUGUGUCUGGAAUAAUAAAGAUCCAUCCCUCUUCCAAGUGACAGUCGGUGAACACAUCCUCGAUAAAGAUGAAGGAACAGAACAGAAGAGGAAAGUGUCUAAAGUGAUCAUCCACCCGCGGUACAACCACUCUAGCACGGACAGUGACAUCGCACUGCUGCAUCUCCUCAGCCCCGUCACGCUCGACCGCUUCGCCCUUCCCGCCUGCCUUCCUCCAGCUAACGGCACGUUCGGACGCACCAUAGGAGCCAUCCGCAUGUCCACCGUCAGCGGGUGGGGUCGCAUGGCGCAGUCGGGACCGCCGUCUCAGGUUCUCCAGAGGCUGGAGGUGCCGAGGGUCUCCUUAGACGAGUGUCGGGCAAACUCGGGUCUGAAGGUGACCAGGAACAUGUUGUGCGCCGGCUUCAUCGAGGGCGGCCGUGACUCCUGUCAGGGGGACAGCGGAGGGCCGCUGGUCACCCGCUACAGAAACACAUGGUUCCUGACAGGAAUCGUGAGCUGGGGCAAAGGCUGCGCCCGCGCCAACGUCUACGGCAUCUACACGCGGGUGUCCGUCUUUGUGGAGUGGAUUCUGAAGACCGUGGCCAGCGCAUGAAUACAAGAGUUUCUGAACGUUGUGUAAGGUGAAGUGUGUUCAGAUUCACGUUCAGUCACUCAAGUCAGUCAUUAGCUGUUUCCAUUGACCAGUUUUUAUGUGAAUUUUGGCGUAUUGCAUGUAAAAUUUUUGGAUGGAAAUGCCAAGAGGCACAUGAAUUGAGGCACUGAUCAUUUUUUUAAUCCAAUAAGAAGACAUGCACAUAAAUUACCAUAGUUUUAUAGAAUAAAUCCCUCAAUGCACAACAAAAAACUCAUUGGAAAACCUUGGAAAUUGGUGCAAAAUAUAAAUCUGUAAGUUGCUGCAGUCUGGCUUUUUCUCAGAGCAUCAGACGAAACACAAUAAACACUGUCAUGUUCUCUUUUGCUCGGAAGCAGAUGCCUUGAAAUGCGAAAAAAUUCUAAAAAUGAGCAUGAAAAAAUACACCCAAUUAAGGAGGAUAAUUUUUUUAUCCAAUAAGAAGACAUGCAUAAACUAUAUUGGAAACACAUUUACUGAAUAAAUCCCUUGAUGCGCAACAAAACCCUCGUGUGACUCUGUGAUUGGAUAACUGGAAUAACCAGCAGACCAAUAGCAUCGCAGCAUCUCAAAUGUUGGUUUGGUGGUUCUGAAACGUCUGAGUCAAAGUGUGUCAUCAGAAUGAUUUGGUUUAAUUCCCUCCAGAAGCGUCUCACACGAUUGUGUUCCCAAAAAGAUCACAUGACAGUGUUUAUUGUGUGUCGUCUGACUCAUUUAUGAUGGAGGGAAAAAGAGACACUUCCAUUUUUAUUACUGAUAUUUUGAGCAAAUUUCCCAGGAAGUGAUGAUGAUAUUGUUCUCUUGAACACGUGGGAUGGAAACACCGCUUUAUAUGCAAAUGUUUUAUCCCAUAUUCCAGUUUUGUGCUCAAGUUAAAUUCGCAACUUCCCGAAGAGUGACGCUUCCACAACAUUGAAUAUUGGCACUGGCAAACACCAGAACAUGUACUUUUGCAAUUAAAAAUAAUGGCACACUUGUGAGUAUAUAUAAUAAUCAUUAGCAUAACCCUAAAAUUUGUAUUAUAUGUGAAAAAUAAAUAAUGUUUUCAAAUGUU